AGGCGCGUGGUCUGUGCGGCGGCCGCCUACGUUUUAUUCUCACUGCUGCUCUCUGGACACAGUCCUCUGAAGCGCUGGCGUCGGCAGGAGCGGCCGUUCCCCGUCUUCUGUGACUGUUUGUCCGUGUGUGUGUGUGCGUGUGUGUAUAUGUAUGUAUGUAUGUGUGGUUUGCGCGUGAACCGGCAGCAUCAGAGACCAAGCAGGCCAGCGCGAGCCAGCAAGAAAGGCAGGCAGGGCAGAGAGAGGCAACCCGCGAGCGCUCAGCUAGCAACCGUACGUUACACUGCGAGAGAUGGUCACGUCCACCCCUGGGAUCCUUCUGCUGCCGAUGCUAAUAUGUCUCCAGCACUGCAUUAAUGUCCACGGUACAAAGACAGAAUGUGAGGCCAGCCAGUUUCAGUGUGGAAACGGUCGCUGCAUCCCGUCCGUCUGGCAGUGUGACGGAGACGAGGACUGCACCGACGGCAGCGACGAGAACUCCUGUGUUAAAAAGACUUGUGCAGAGGUGGACUUUGUGUGUCAGAACGGCCAGUGUGUCCCGAAGAGGUGGCACUGUGAUGGGGAGCCGGACUGUGAGGACGGGUCAGACGAGAGCUUAGAAAUCUGCCACAUGAGGACGUGUCGUGUGAACGAGUUUAGCUGCGGAGCAGGAUCCACUCAGUGUAUCCCCAUCUUCUGGAAAUGUGAUGGAGAGAAGGACUGUGACAAUGGAGAGGACGAGGUCAACUGUGGUAACAUUACCUGUGCUCCAAAUGAGUUCACGUGCGCCAGCGGCCGCUGCAUCUCGCGGAACUUUGUGUGUAACAGCGAGGAUGACUGUGGUGACGGCUCGGAUGAGGUUGAGUGCGCUCCAUCCUCCUGCGGCCCCAGUGAAUUCCAGUGUGGGAACUCAUCGUGCAUCCCUGCCAGCUGGGUGUGUGACGACGACGUUGACUGCCAGGACCAGUCAGAUGAGUCUCCGUCUCGUUGCGGCCGUCACCCGACGCCGCCGGCCAAAUGUUCGUCCAGUGAGAUGCAGUGCCGUUCAGGAGAGUGUAUUCACAAGAAGUGGAGGUGUGAUGGAGACCCCGACUGCAAGGAUGGCAGCGAUGAAGCCAACUGUCCUGUACGUACCUGUGGACCAGAUCAGUUCAAAUGUGAUGAUGGAAACUGCAUCCUGGGCAGCAGACAAUGUAACGGUGUCAGAGACUGCACCGACGGAUCAGAUGAAGUCAACUGCAAAAACAUGACUCAGUGUCACGGGCCAGAGAAAUUCAAGUGUCGCAGCGGUGAGUGUAUCGAGAUGAGCAAAGUGUGCAACAAGGCCCGAGACUGUCCCGACUGGAGUGAUGAGCCCAUCAAGGAAUGCAAUCUAAACGAGUGUCUCCUGAAUAACGGAGGCUGCUCUCACAUCUGCAAGGACAUGGUAAUUGGCUUUGAGUGUGACUGCACACCUGGACUGCAGCUCAUUGACCACAAGACCUGUGGAGACAUCAAUGAGUGCCUGAAUCCCGGCAUCUGCAGUCAGAUCUGCAUCAACCUGAAGGGAGGAUACAAGUGUGAAUGCCACAACGGCUACCAGAUGGAUCCAACCACUGGAGUCUGCAAGGCUGUUGGUAAAGAGCCCUGCCUGAUCUUUACUAACCGCCGUGACAUCCGUCGUCUGGGUCUGGAGAGGAAGGAGUACACUCAGAUUGUGGAGCAGCAGAGGAACACGGUGGCUCUGGAUGCAGACUUUGACCAGCAGAUGAUCUUCUGGGCUGACCUGGGCCAGAAGGCCAUAUAUAGCACCGUGCUGGACAAACGAGGGGACGUUGGCACCCACAACAAAGUGAUAGACAACGUCCAGACUCCAGUGGGAAUCGCCGUGGACUGGAUUUAUAAGAACAUGUACUGGUCUGAUCUCAGCACCAAAACCAUUUCUGUAGCCAACUUCAACGGAACCAAACAGAAGGUCCUGUUCAGCAGAGGCCUUAAAGAACCGGCGUCCAUCGCUGUGGAUCCAUUGUCUGGGUUUCUGUACUGGUCUGACUGGGGGGAACCUGCCAAGAUUGAGAAAUCUGGUAUGAAUGGAGUGGACAGACAGGUUCUGGUGGCAACAGACAUUCAGUGGCCUAAUGGAAUCACUCUCGAUCUGAUCAAAGGCAGGUUGUACUGGGUCGACUCUAAGCUCCACAUGCUCUGUAGUGUCGACCUGAACGGAGACAACAGGAAGAAAGUACUGCAGUCCUCCGACUACCUGGCUCAUCCCUUCGCUCUCACUGUUUUUGAGGAUCGAGUGUUUUGGACAGACGGCGAAAAUGAAGCUAUUUACGGUGCAAACAAGUUCACAGGCUCUGACGUGGUGACGCUGGCCAGCAACCUGAACGACCCCCAGGACAUCAUAGUCUAUCAUGAGCUGAUCCAGUUAUCUGGAACUAACUGGUGCACAGAAAAAGGUGAAAAUGGAGGCUGUAGCUACAUGUGUCUGCCUGCACCGCAAAUCAACAAACACUCCCCCAAAUACACGUGUGUGUGUCCGGAGGGGCAGGAGCUGGCUGCUGACGGCUUACGCUGCAGACCUGACCCUUCUACCAAAGGUCCCUCAAAGGAUGAUGGGAACGUUCUAAUACAGCCACCCCCAGAAGCCAACGUGAGCACAUCGAUCCAGGUGAACUCCACAGCCAGAGGGUCUGCUGCUGCCUGGGCCAUACUUCCUGUCUUGCUGCUGGCGAUGGCGGCGGCGGGCGGCUACCUGAUGUGGAGAAACUGGCAACUGAAGAACCAGAAGAGCAUGAACUUUGACAACCCUGUCUACCUGAAGACCACAGAAGAAGACCUCAACAUCGACAUCACCCGGCAUAGCGCCAACGUGGGACACACCUACCCUGCGAUUUCGAUAGUGAGCACAGAUGAUGAUUUGUCCUGAUCGUCUUGGGGUUUUUUGUGGGUUUUUUUACGGCAACCCGUAGUGUUGCAUGGCGCCUCCUCGUUCCCAUGCCGACGGUUGUCUGUAGCAGCAGCAGCAGCCCUUACAGUUACGACCACAUGCCUUCUGAAGUGCAUUAUGUCAUUAUCUGUGGUGAGGAUGACCAGAGGAAAUGUUACUUAUGUGAAUACUACAAUGAAUUAUGUGUCAUAACUGUUUUCACUCAGUGCGUCCAAAGUGUUAAGGAUUUUCUUUCUUUUCUUUUUUUUUUUUUUUUUUUUUUUUUUUUUUUUUUUUUUUGUUUUUUUUU